AACUUGCUUAUUUCAGAAAGAGCAGCCUAUAUAUUAUUCCAUUUUUGAAUGAUUAUUAAUACCCUAAAUAUAGUUUAAACAUAUACUAAGGACAUUUUCUAAGUCUAACCUAAGAUCUUGAUCACUGAUUCACGGGUUUACCUAAUUAUUAAAAGGAAUAGUAUAUUAUGCAAAAAGUGCGGUAAACGGCAUUUGACUCACGAGUUUAUUUGAUACGUGCGGAGCGCAGCGGAGGUAGUUUUUAAUAAACAUUUUCGCAAAACGACAAAUGUAUUCACUGACAUGACCGUCAGAACUGACGAACGUCAAAAUUCAAGGCGUGGGAAAUAUCUCCGAAAACAUCCGAUUGCUCCCAAACCCGUGCGAUAAAAUCCCUGAAAUGUCCGAAGUAACUCGGAUACGUGGGAAACGAAACUGACGUGGUGAAGUGACGUUUCCUGCACGCCAGAUCGGUGUGUAGUUAGGUAUUUUAGAGACGGGGGUAGAAAAAUUUCAUUAAUUAACUAACCGUUUUGUGUAUACUGGUGUCAAAUUUACAACUAACAAAUCUUGAAGCUUCCUGUAUCAAUAGAAAUUGUAAAUUGCUAAUUUCGGAUAAUUAAAAUAUUUCGAAAAGCAAGAAAAAUCUUAUUACCGUAUAAACAUAAUUCGAACAUAGUUUCUGUAAAUAAGCGAAACUUUUUCCAAGCUUAAGUAAAAAAAAAAAAAACAAAUUGAAUUUUUCGUUUCAGUAAUCUAAUGUGAUUAAAAUUUUUGACAUAGUAUGGUGACAUGUGACAUUUUAAUGUCAUGGGGGCCUAUUAAUUUUAGGAUUUAGAAACCUAAUAGAAUACGUUUUGUGUUAUAAAAUGGAAAAUAGGCAAUCAAGAACAUGGCCAGUUUUUGCACCGUUUGAAGUGGUAAUUCACAAUAAGCCUCAAGAUUGUUGGGUCUCUCUUUUAGGAAAGGUGCUAGAUAUUACACCGCUUAUAAAAGAGCAUGAAAAUGAACAGAGCAUUAAACCUUUAAUAGCAAUGGCGGGUAAAGACAUUAGUCACUGGUUUGAUAACAAAACUGGGGAAAUUCGACACUAUGUUCAUCCCGAAACGGGUGCCAACGUCCCAUACUGUCCCUACGGCCCUUUGCCUGAUGUUGCCGAAACAUUGCCUACUCCUACUUGGAGACCUUUAUCUGAGACUCCUUGGUGGAAAAAUGACAAGUUCCAAAUAGGCUUACUUAGUCAGAGAAUUCGGCCAAUAAGAAUUAUCAAUAUGCUUACGUUGACUGAAGUCACUAUAAAUGUAUGCUUCGAAGACACCUUUCACAGAAUAUUGGAACGGUAUCUUAUGUAUAAUAGCGAUGCCCGGAGUUAUACAUGGAGGUAUAUGAAUAGGAAUGUCGACAUGACGAAGACUAUGAAUGAAAAUGGAAUUUCAGAUGACAGACAACAUUUUGCUGAAAUAGGACUACCGCAAAACUUUUAUAUCCCCAGUGUAUUUCUCUAUUAUAAUGACGAUUUAAAAUUUGCAAAGGAAUACGAAAAUCAUUAGAGACAUAUUGAAACUAAUUUAUUAAACGAAA